CACAUAUCCUAUCUUACUCUGUCAGCCCCAAUGAAAGUCACAGUAAAGUCACUUAAGUGAAAAAAAAUAAGAAGCACAAAAAAAAAAUAUCCCACAAAAAAAACAUGUUCCUAUAUACUGCCUGUUUCCCACCUCACUUUCAAGCUGACAAGCUCUGGUACUUGCGUGCACCAAAAUGAUCACAUGACCUGUCACAUGACCCAGCAAACAUGGCUGCUCCCAGUUCGGAAGCUUUGCGGCUUCUACAGGUCUGCCUGUGGCUAACUCUAAUAGUCGGAAUAGGGCUGGUGAGGGCAGACUGCGGCUGUAACGCUGCAAACAGACAUGGCCAAGGGACCGAAAAACACCGUCAUGGAGCGGCCUUCAAAUACUCACAGGAGGCAAAUGAGAAAGUAUCAGGACCCGGAGAAACUAAAGACCGGGACAAGGUGGGUUAUUCAGAGCUGGGGGAGGGAUUGGGUUUAAGUCUGAUAAACAGGCAGACAUUACCAUUUGAUUUGGCACAGUGUUAACAGUCUGAUAACUCUGCUACUAUUUGAGUACUAGAAAUUUAGUCAUAAUGCAAAAAGGUUCACUUAGUGUACAAAUGUGAGAUAUAAGUUGCACAGUGCUUCUUUUGGAAAUUAAGAGAAAAUAUUCCUCUAGUUACAGAGUCAGAAUCAAAUUUAAUUUUCUGGCUUUAGGGCUAUGUUUAUUAGAAAUGUAAGCAAUUUUAAGGCUUACUGGGUUUUUUGAUAAUAUUUGAAUUUCAGAUACUUAAAAUCUGAAUAGUGAACUUGAGUCUUAAAAUGGAAAAAUUCAACAACUCACAGCUUGACUAUUUUAGUUUUGCCACAUGUAUUUUAAUCCUCUAGAACAGGGGUUCCCAAUAAUUUCUCCAGUGGAACCCUUUGACAUAGCGUAUCAACAUCGUUGAACCGCCUCCCCCCCCUGUUAAAAAUAAAUAAAUAAAUAUAUAUAUAUGUAUAUAUGUAUGUAUGUAUGUAUGUGCCGGUGUGUGUAUCUGUGUUUGUAUGUGCCAGUGUGUGUAUCUGUGUGUCACACGCACACUGGCACAUAGUGGCACACAGAUACUGAUACACACACUCAGAUGCACACAGUGACACAUACACACAUCUUGACUCAUAAAUACACACACUUGCACCCACAGAUACACACACUGGCACAUACACUCAGAUACACACAUUAACACAUGCACACAGUGGCAUAUACACACACACUGACAUACAAACACACUGAUAUACACUGGCACACACACACCAGUACACACAUACUGACAUAUACACACAGUGACACAUUGACAAAACUUGACACACACUCAGACACACAUACACUCUCACUGACAAACACACAUACUCUUUGACAGACACAUACAAACUCAUAUACACUCACUGACAAGCGCUCACAUACAUUCUCACUGACAAGCACUCACAUACAUUCUCACUGACAAGCGCACACAUACAUUCUCACUGACAAGCGCACACGUACAUUCUCACUGACAAGCGCACACGUACAUUCUCACUGACAAGCGCACACGUACAUUCUCACUGACAAGCGCACACGUACAUUCUCACUGACAAGCGCACGUACAUUCUCACUGACAAGCACACACAUACAUUCUCACUGACAAGCGCACACGUACAUUCUCACUGACAAGCGCACACAUACAUUCUCACUGGCAAGCACACAUACAUUCUCACUGGCAAGCGCGCAUCCACUCUCACUGGCAAGCACGCAUGCAUCUACUCUCACUGACAAGCACGCAUGCAUCUACUCUCAUUGACAAGCACGCAUGCAUCCACUCUCACUGGCAAGCACGCAUGCAUCUACUCUCACUGGCAAGCACGCAUGCAUCUACUCUCACUGACAAGCACGCAUGCAUCUACUCUCACUGACCAGCACGCGUGCAUCUACUCUCACUGACAAGCACGCAUGCAUCCACUCUCACUGGCAAGCACGCAUGCAUCCACUCUCACUGGCAAGCACGCAUGCAUCCCCUCUCACUGGCAAGCACGCAUGCAUCCACUCUCACUGGCAAGCACGCAUGCAUCCACUCUCACUGGCAAGCACGCAUGCAUCCACUCUCACUGGCAAGCACGCAUGCAUCCCCUCUCACUGGCAAGCACGCAUGCAUCCCCUCUCACUGGCAAGCACGCAUGCAUCCACUCUCACUGGCAAGCACGCAUGCAUCCACUCUCACUGGCAAGCACGCAUGCAUCCACUCUCACUGGCAAGCACACAUGCACACACUCUCACUGGCAAGCACGCAUGCACACACUCUCACUGACAAGCAAACACACAUACAAACUCCUUAAUAGACACAUACACAUUUUUUUCUUUCACACCACCCAGCCUCCCUACCUUUUGGGAAUGCUGGCAUGGAGUCUCUAUUUCCUUGGGUCCAGUGGGGCUGCUGGGCCAAGCGGCUGGCGUGCAGGCGGUGAGGGAGCAGUGAUAUUCCUGCUCAGCUACCUCGCGCGCCUCUUAGUGAUGCCGGGGCCGGAGUGACAUCAUAUUCUGGCUCUGGCAUCACUGCUGUGCGCGAGAGAGAGUUGAGCAGGGGAAAGUGCUCCCUCGCCAUCCGCCUCAAUUAUCGCGGUGCCCAUUUUGUUUCCUGAAAUUACAGCGGAACCCCAUCUGUGUUCUCACGGAACACCAAUUGGGAAACGCUGCUCUAGAAUAUUCUAUUGAAAUUUAUAUGCAUCAGCUUCUAAAUUCUAUAGGUUGCUCUGAUGAUUGCUGUAUAUCUUAGAAUUUGCUACAGAAUUGCUCCGUUGUUGCCUUGAUACACUCGUCCUUUAGUGUCUUAUCACCACAUUUGUAAGAGAUGAUUUUCAUAUCUCUGGCUUUAAAGACUUAAUUAGACAAGACAUCCUCAAUGUGUCUGUUCAUCAUGUUUAUUUGUUGUUUCCUAUUGUGUGAUAAUGAAUAGUUAUCACCAUUUUAAACCUGAAGAUAUAUCACUGCUCAAUCACGUUCCCUUAGUAUUCUUUUUUUCUUUUUUUUUCUUUUUAGUAUUGGUAAAUAUUUUAAUGGUCUUGUGCACAAAACAAGAUUUUGUUAAUAAACACAGGGUAAUGUGGCAAAUAAUUUGCUAGGUAGGUAAAUAAUGUGUGCACAAGGGAGCGCGUAAGAAAACGGUAAGCACGAACUCCAUUAAAGGGUGAGGAAAAUGUAAUUUCCUGUACAUUAAAAUGUGAGAAAAGUAUGCUCGGACACAAAGAAAGGCUAAUAAAGAAAAGAAAAAUGUUUCUUGGGUAUUACAAAGGUGCUUUGUGAUGAAAAUCUAGGCACCCAAACAAAAAACUUACAGCAAUAGGUGUUAUGGUUUCAAAUCACUAAAGCCUUUUGCUUUCAUUUACAGUAUGCAAUAACUUUACAUCCCUAAACAUGGACAAUACUGAAAAAAAAUAUGAAGAAUUUUGUAGCAGUUUAAGGCAUCGAUCCAAUACUGUUAGAAAAACUUCAAAUCCAUACGGUUUAUGUACAAAAAAUUCCUGUAGAUUUGUCACGUUUUUCUAACUGUACUAAAUCAUUUGGAAAGCAUAUUUAUAAAAAAAAGUGGGCCAAAUUGCCCUUCUUAGUACAGUUUUCCAACAAACAUAAGGAACUGCACUCAAUCCCAUCAAUCUGAGCAAAGGGGCAACUAAACCACAGCCAAGCACCAGGUUCCAGUGGCAAUAGUAUAACAUACAAUAAAUGGUUCAGGCACUCCAAGGUUCAGAAUGGCAAAUUCAAGCUUGACAAAGACUGUGAGGUCGAAACGUUGCUUUGGGCUCCAAUAAAUUUGCCAUUCUGAACCUUGGAGUGCCUGAAUCAUUUCUUGUAUGUUAUACUUCUUAGUGCAGCUGUCAUCUUUCUUAGUCCAGUUCUCUUGAAUGACAAAGUGAACCAUUUGGUUCAGAUGCUGAACUGUAGUGAUGCAUGAUAUUUCAGAAAGAGAAGGCGAUAUAUCAGUCAUGAUAUAUUUUAGGAAGACUCUAUUAUUACACUUACCUUAUUGGUUAAAGGGAAACUCCAGGCACCCAGACCACUUCUGCCCAUUGGAGUGGUCUGGGUGCCAACUCCCACUACUCUUAACCCUGCAAGUGUAAUUACUGCAAUAAUUACCUUGUAGGGUUAACUCCACCUCUAGUGGCUGUCUACUAGACAGCCACUAGAGGGCACUUCCUGCUUCAUAGCACAGAAAACCUGUGCUAGAGCGUCGCUGGACAUCCUCACGCUGUGUGAGGACCUCCAACGUCGCUCAGUUCCCCAUAGAAAAGCAUUUUCAAUGCUUUCCUAUGGGGAGCUCUAAUGCGCAUGCGCGGCAUUGCCACGCAUGCGCCUUAGGUCUCAUCGGCUGAUGGCCGGGAUCAGUCUCGCCCACCGGCCGACGUAAUACUUAGGAGGAGCGGCGGCGGAGGAAGAAGCAGCGACGUGGGACAUGUCGCUGCUUCUGGUAAGUGACUGAAGGGGGUUUCACCCCUUCAGCAACCGGGGAUUGGGAGGUGGGAGGGAGAGGGGACCUGCAGUGCCAGGAAAACGGAUUGUUUUCCUGGCACUGGAGUUUCCCUUUAAUGCACGUGGCUAGAUCUCAGCUCACAGACUGGCUCUCUUUACCUUUGGUAUUGGUCUGUGUAUAUUGUACUGUCUGUUUCCCCACUUAGACAGCACUACACAAUAUAUUGGCUCUUUAUCAAUUCCAGUAAUAAUACUGAGUAACUGAAUUUAAUAUAUAAAUACAUUUAAAAUGCAUGUUCCCUUAACGCCGUAUUUUAUAUGCAUGCCGUUUUUUCCUCUCUCUUACCAUCCUUUUCCCGCUUCCUCAAUCCCAUAGAUGAUACUGCUACCUGCUGGAAUAUUCACCAUGGGCACUGAUAAACCUGACAUUCCCCAGGAUGGAGAAAGCCCAGCCCGUAGAGUUCAGUUGGACUCCUUCUAUAUGGACAUGUAUGAAGUCAGCAACUUGGAGUUUGACAAGUUUGUGACAGUGACAAAACACGUAACAGAGGUGAGACAUUGGCAGGCAACAAGGGCCAAAUGCUAAAGAGCGCGUCUGUGAAAGAGUUCUAAAAAUGUAGAAAUUGGCAGGAGCAUCUCAAUGGUUUCUUUGGUGACUGCUUCACAUUUCAAAUUUUUCUCUUGAUCUCAAUAUGAGCCAAAAAAAAAACAAUAAAACCAUUUUUAUAUCUAAGCAGGCAAAAAAUGAGCAAACUGGUUCCAAACACCUUCUUUUUUUUAUUAUUUUUUAGAUUAAUUGCAUUUGGUGAGGUUUUUAUGCAUUAGCAAAUCAGAUUGAACCCACCCACAAGUGCAGCAUGGAAUCAAAAUGCAAGACUGGUCCCCUCUACAUCACCUCGAUUGAUAAUUCGGCACCAUAAUUGAGCUUUACUCGUAGCCUCCAUUAUCAUAUUGAAAACACUGAUAUCUAAAGCAGAAAAUAAGUCAAACAUUAUAAUGGUAGAUUUAUGAAUAGAUUUAUUGGAGAGUCUAAACGGCAAAAUGUAAUUCUGUGAAUUGUUGACAUGCUAGCAAAAUAGGUGGGACUAUGGUAAAGACAUUUUGUGGAGACAAUUGUCAUCAUAAAAAAAAAAAAAGUUUUUAAUAGUUUAGCUCAGGGGGAUAAACAUUUUCUAGGGUCUUUGCUGUGGAUGUCAUUGAAUUGCAUCUUACAUAUAGGCUGCAAUUGUUGAAUUAUUUGUAUGACCAAUUAACAUUUAUAUCUAUGAAAUGUAAUCUAACACAGCCUUUCCAAUGAUGCCCUUUUAUAUACAGGAGCUUAGUUGAACUGAAAGCCUGCCAGGUACUUAUUUGAGUGCUACAACUGUUAGCAUGUUUUUCUUUUCUUUCUUUGUCUUGUUCAAUUGUCAGUAGUAGUGGUGCAGCUCCAUGUCCUAAGGCCGUCCACGAUAUAUUUGUAAGUAGCAAUGGUAGGCUGUGCAAAUACAAAAUUUUCACUGACCCUACUCCAAUACCACAGUUUAGGUAAAACCCUGGUAAAGGUUACAAACAGGCGGGAUUACACGGUAUGUUGUGUCCAGGUACACAGAGAUCAGUCCAAAAUUAGUAAGUCCUAAACCUCUUUAGAUUUACGACAGUUCUUCCAGGAAGGGAAUGGGAUAAACACCGGAACCUUAUUUUGUUAGGUUAAUGUCAUCUUCUAUAACUUCUUUCUUUAGUUACUUUGAAACCCAUUUGCUACAGCUCAUUCCUUUUCCCACUCACCUCCACAUUCAAUCUCCAUGCUACAUUCAUUACCCAAUCUCUACCACUUCUUAUUACCUUCCUCAGUCCAUCUCUCCCUCGUCUCCUCAUUUCACCUCCAUCUCCUUUUGCAGAUUAUUUUCUCUUUCCAUGCUAACUCACCCCUUUAUCUUUUCUCCUAUUUGACUUAGAUUUCCCAUAUCCAUUAUAUGCAUCCUGCUGUGUUUUCUCAGUACUUGUGAAGUGUCUCGCACCAUCAUUAGUUGCGUUGUGGCUCCAAAUCAUGAAGCCACCAGCAAUAUAUUCCUCCCCCGGGGUAACAGGGAUUAUUUAAACAGCAUACAGGGGCACUAAAUUACUUGUUAUAGCAUGAUACUAGGUAGACAGACCACAAGGGCCACCAGUUUAUUUUAUGGUUAUACAGCAAGGUCCACACAGCACAGCUCCUACCAGCAUAGAAUAAUAUUCAUGUAAGCGCAUAGACGGCAAAUUAUUAUGUUUCAGGACCAAACUUUAGGUUACUUAUACUUAUGCUGACAGCUAUUGCCCCCCACAGCCACACCAGCUACACUCACAAUGCGUUACAGCUAUGUGCCCUGUGAAUGUUACUCUCACAUUGUUUUAAUGUUAUAUGCCAAACGAUUGACAACUUCAUUAAUGCCAAUGUUAUUCCUAGCAUAUUCCAACUUAUAAACAAAAGUGUGCAGCUUUUUGUAUUGCCACUGUGACAAAACUGAUGAUCAAACCAUGCAUGCUGUGGUGGCACUUGACACAUGCCUGUAACUACCUCUGCACAAAAAAAAAAAAAAAAGAAUAAAAAGAAACUGCAAGGAGCACAACUACUACAUGAAUCCAACGAUGCGGCCUGAGGCGCACUGGAUGGGGGAGGCGGCUGAUCUCUCGGCCCGGAGCUGCUCGAGGGCAAACAGUGCAUAGGAACCCUGUUACCCCCCCUUUCCCCCCCAGACUGGUGGGGGUGAUCCCGGUCCACUCCUGGGAGGCUACGCAGACAUAGCAGGAGCUAGAGGCAAAGCCACGGCAGUCACUACACCUGCAGCGACACAACCAAAAUGGCAGACGCAGAGUUGUCCCCCUGGUCCAGGCUGGACAAGCUACUUAACAAUUUUUGGAGCAAAUCACACAACAGAAGACCACAGCUGCGACACCGCGUCGAGCCCUGACAUGGCGGCGGAGCAGGAAACAUGCCACACUGAGACGCACAACUACCCGUCCACGAAAGGGCAAAAGCUUACCUCAGAGCCGCCCUCCAAAGCCAGAAAUGAUACCAGAGGAAGAGGCUCUAUCCCAGUGGCGGAUCAUACACAGUACCUCCCACAAGCUCAGGAACAAGCAGCAGCACGAACCCGCGGUGAAAAACCCAGCUUGGAAGGCGCGCAAGAAGCAAAGGCUUUUGAAACUAUCAGUAGCACGGAGGUGGGAACCAACAAGGCGCAAACCACAGCCCUGCAUCAAGCAAAACAAGUCACGGAGACCUUGAGAGUGGCUAGAGCUGCAUAAACAAAGUGAUUUAACUCUUAAAUGGCAGAGAAUUGGGAAUUGCAGUGAGACUGCAGGGGCAUGAUCAAUACACCAAAACUGUUUCAUUAAGCUAAAGUGUCCCUUUAAGAUACAAAAUGACUACCAUUGUCCACUGUAUCAACAACUGCUAAAAACAUCCUCAGAGGUAUUCUUGAUAUGAUUUGCAGACCACCAUUGACUUUUUAAACACAUUGCUUUUAAACCAAGAACAAACUAAUUUUAUCCUUGAAGAAUUAUACUUCUGGUAGAAAAGUGAGAAUAAAUAAGGAUGGUUAUAAGUGGCACUUCCUUAAGGCGAUGUUUGUAAUUUUGAAAGGCAAUGAGGUUUUUGGGUUAUUCUUCACCUCCUGUGAUAAAAUGGCAGGAGCAGAAGGCAUCCUCUUCAGGAAAUCUUCUAAAAAAGAAGGAUCAAGUCUCUGGAUUGCUGGAUGUGAAUGUAUACAUCGGGGGCUAUCAACACCAUUCCUCGGAAAAUCCUUCCUUUUCAUUAUUAUUGGUGGGUCACAAUUAUGACUGACGCCUCUGGAAAUGGUUGCAGAGCUCAUCUGGAUUUACGUUUCAUACAAGGGAAGUGAUUGCUGUAUGAAAAAGGAUUUUGCUUAAAUGUUAAAGGAACACUAUGGUAUCAGGAACACAAACAUGCCUUCCUGACUCUAUAGUGUUAAAACCACUAUUUAGCGCCCCUUAAAUAUAGCAAAAUCUUACUUUUAUCCACUCUGCUGCUGCUGGCUCUGUCCCUGAUCUUCCUGCUUGGUUGACAUCAUCAGAAGUGGUGUUCUGAGCCAAUCACCAUGCUUUCACAUAGGAAAGCAUUGGAUUGGCUGAGACUGUCAAGGAGACAGAUCAGGGGCAGAGCCAGCACAAGCCAAACACGGCCCUGGCCAAUCAGCAUCUCCUCAUAGAGAUACAUUAGAUCAAUUGAGAAUUUAUAGGGAGAGCAUGUCAUGUUACCAGCACCUACUUCUCUGUAGGAGGACCCCUAAAGUAGUUGUCUGGUCCCAACACAAUAUUGGUUACAUCAGGACUCCUUCCAGCUCAAUCCCAAGAGACUCUACAAUGUGUGUGUGGCGGUAAUCAUCUUGCCGCCUGAGCCAUUGCUGAGCCUGACGCUGACUGAGAACACUGGACCAGACUGUGGGGAGCACCGAUGGAGUGGCAGCCCUCGCCGGUCCGCUCCCAGGGCACAGCGGGCACACUUGAGCAGGUAAGUGCAGAUGGGCUUCAUGACCACAAAGAACUGGUUCCCUUGUUUUGUUAAGCAGUUGUUCAUCCUGUAUCAUAAAAUAGUCAAAGAGAUAGCUUCAUUUAAAUCUUUGGCAAAGUGGAUCAAAAAAAAAAUCACAUUCACUUCUUAUUCCAUGGCGUAAAUCUCCUCCUUUAGGAGGUACAGUUCAUUCCAUCAGAGCUAAUACUAUGUCUUGGGUCAUGAUCUGUGCAAUUCCAGAGCCAAUUUCCAUGGUGGCCUCUUGGUCCUCUCUACAAACGUUUGCUAAAAUGGCACUUAUGUGUCAUAAUCAUUGCUAAAUCCCAAUGUAAGUACUGCUAAAAAUAUGAUAAAAAUUCUGAAUAUUGCAUACAUUUUCUCUCCCUAUUUAAACAAAUAUUUUAGUCAUGUCUUGUGUUUGAUUAGGUUGGCUGUGUGAAUACUGAUAUGAUAUUAACUAAAUGGGAAGGCUGGGUUGUAUAAAAAAGAUUUUAAAGUCUUGAAAGUUAUAUGUCAAACACUAUGGCCUUGAUUUAAUAUGGUUGGAUAAGCUUUUCAAAUUAUUUCAUAUAUUUGGUUAAACUUUUAAAAUGUUUUUUUCAAAACAUUUAAAUAUAAAAAAUAUAUCAUACAUCAAAAACAAUAAAAAUAUUUUACAAAAGUAAAAUAAUUUUCAUAAUAUUAAAUCACAGAAAACCUAGAAUAUGAUGGCAGAUAAGAACCAUUCGGCCCAUCUAGUCUGCCCAAUUUUCUAAAUACUUUCAUUAGUCCCUGGCCUUAUCUUAUAGUUAGGAUAGCCUUAUGCCUAUCCCACGCAUGCUUAAACUCCUUUACUGUGUUAACCUCUACCACUUCAGCUGGAAGGCUAUUCCAUGCAUCCACUACCCUCUCAGUAAAGUCAUACUUCCUGAAAUUAUUUUUAAACCUUUGCUCUCUAAUUUAAGACUAUGUCCUCUUGUUGUGGUAGUUUUUCUUCAUUUAAAUAUAGUCUCCUCCUUUACUGUGUUGAUUCCCUUUAUGUAUUUAAAUGUUUCUAUCAUAUCCCCACUGUCUCGUCUUUCCCCCAAGCUAUACAUGUUAAGAUCCAUUAACCUUUCCUGGUAAGUUUUAUCCUGCAAUCCAUGAACCAGUUUAGUAGCCCUUCUCUGAACUUUCUAAGGUAUCAAUAUCCUUCUGCAGAUACGGUCUCCAGUACUGCGUACAAUACUCCAAGUGAGGUCUCACCAGUGUUCUGUAUAAUGGCAUGAGCACUUCUCUCUUUCUACUACUUAUACCUUUCCGUAUACAACCAAGCAUUCUACUAGCAUUUCCUACUGCUCUAUUACACUGUCUGCCUACCUUUAAUGGACCACUAUAGGCACCAAGACCACUUCAGCUCAAUGAAGUGGUCUGAGUGCCAGGUCCCCCUAGUUUUAACCCUGCAGCUGAAAACAUAGCAGUAUCAGUGAAACUGCUAUGUUUACAUUGCAGGGUUAAUCCAGCCUCUAGUGGCUGUCUUCUGCAAUUCUCAGUGAGUAAAUUGCACUGAAAUGACGCUGAACGUCCUCAUGGAGUCCAGCAUCAAAUAAGAUCCCCAUAGGAAACAUAGAAACAUAGAAUGUGAUGGCAGAUAAGAACCAUUCGGCCCAUCUAGUCUGCCCAAUUUUCUAAAUACUUUACUUAGUCCCUAGCCUUAUCUUAUAGUUAGGAUAGCCUUAUGCCUAUCCCACGCAUGCUUAAACUCCUUUACUGUGUUGAUUCCCUUUAUAUAUUUAAAUGUUCUAUCAUAUCCCCCCUGUCUCUUCUUUCCUCCAAGCUAUACAUGUUAAGAUCCUUUAACCUUUCCUUGUAAAUUUUAUCCUGCAAUCCAUGAACCAGUUUAGUAGCCCUUCUCUGAACCCUUUCUAAGGUAUCAAUAUCCUUCUGCAGGUGCGGUCUCCAGUACUGCGUACAAUACUCCAAGUGAGGUCUCACCAGUGUUCUGUACAAUGGCAUGAGCACUUCCCUCUUUCUACUGCUAAUACAUCUCCCUAUACAACCAAGCAUUCUGGUAGCAUUUCCUGCUGCUCUAUUACAUUGUCUGCCUACCUUUAAGUCAUCAGAAAUAAUCACCCCUAAAUCCCUUUCCUCAUAUGUUGAGGUUAGGACUCUAUCAAAUCGAGUAAUGCUUUCCUAUGGGCGCGUUUGAAUGCACGCGCGCCUCUGGCCGCGCAUGCGCAUUCGGCUACACUCGGGAGCUGACAUCAGCAGGGGGAGGAGAGGUCACCAGCACCGAGGGACAUCGACGAUGGAUUAAGGUAAGUGGCUGAAGGUGUUUUAGCCCCUUCAGCCCAGCGGGACUUAUCCACAUUAAAUUGCAGCUGCCACAACUCUGACCAUUUUUCUAGUUUAACUAAAUCAUUUGUCAUUUGGCUUAUCCCUCCUAGAACAUCAACCCUGUUACAUAUUUGUGUAUCAUCUGGAAAAAGACAUACCUUACCAUCAAGACCUUCUGAAAUAUCACUAAUGAAAACAUUAAAGUGAAUGGGUCCAAGCACAGAUCCCUGAGGUACCCCACUGGUGACAAGCCCAUGCUUUGACAAUACUCCAUUGACUACAACCCUCUGUUGCCCGUCAUUCAGCCACUUCCUUACCCAUUCAACAAUAUUGGAAUCCAAACUUAAAUAUUGCAGUUUAUUGAUAAGCCUUCUAUGUGCAAUUACUGCCACAAUCGUGUAAAAUUACGCCAAAUUCAUAUUCGAUAUACCUAUGAAUUUUACAAAUGCUUUAAAAGAUAACUUAGAAUGUUGUAGUAAUAUCAGCUUUUCUGAUUAUUGUGCAUGCUUGCAUUUAAAUCUUCACUUUGAUCUUUAACAUGCCUUGAGAGUUUCAUUAUUUUAAAAAUAAUGUUUGCUGUUUCUAGGCAGAGAAAUUUGGAGACUCGUUUGUGUUUGAAGGUUUGCUAAGUGAAGAGGUCAAGAGUGGCAUUGAUAAGGCCGUAAGUAAAAACAAAUUUUUCUUUUAUAUUAAAAUAUAAUAAUAAUAAAAAAAGCUAAACAAAACCUAUUAAUUGUGCUGCUCUAAGCUGGUUGGGGGUGUUUCACAGAGAAACAAAAAGCUUACCUAUACAAUAAGGUCUAUUCCCCGUCUAUGGAUAUGUAGAUGGUCCUUGGAUGUCCUCAAACGGGGGUCUCCAAAGGUAGUAGUAGGGUACUUCUCCUUUCUAAUAGCAGUGGGCCGGUAUUGGAUUAGUUGGUGAUGUAUAAAAAACAGGAUAGAAACACAAAAUAGUGCUCUCUGGAUGAUACAGAAUAAAAUGAUAAAAGAUGGAGGUAUACUCACAAGUGAAGAGAAAAUGGGAUAUUGCUCAAUAUAUGUAGGCGUAGGUGGUAUGAUCCCCAUCAAGGAUGUCACUCCUCGAGUCCUCCAGUGGGGGUGUUGGAGAGAGUUGAAGGGAACUGUAUUUAAAAUAGAAUAAAAGAAUAGCCUUAGAGGCUCCAAUAGCAUAAAGCCUCUUUGCAGGAGAAACGUGUUAGUGAUUUUAAAGCUGUUUUAUGUUACUGAUUUUUUUGGGUGGUAUAGCGAGUAGGGGCAGAAUUUACUAAUACUAAGUAAUCUUUACUCAGUAUUAGUAAAUUUGGCUGAAAGACCAAUUUAGAUCUUUCAGCCUUUUGGUAGAUAGCUACCUGAUACCAUGGGAAUUAGGGAGUUAUCUACUAAGCGGCUGCAAGAUGCAGCCACGGCACGAAUAGGAUCGGAGUUUCAUUCAUUCGAAUGAAAUUACGAUCUGAACAAAGUCCCGAAUUGCGUCCUAACACGAAUGGAGAAACUGUUCUCAUUCUGUUAGGAAUAUAUAUGACAAGACGUUCGGGAAAAGUGAAAGGAGGCUUCGCAGGAACACGGAGGAAAGGUGAGAAUUGUGGGAAAAUUGCUCUGACCAUCGGAAAUGAAGCACACUUUGCCCCUCCGCUGGUCAGGCGUGGAAAAAUCUCCAUAAGGCAAGAAGUCCCUGCUUUGUCUUAUGUUUUAAAAAAAACUAGAGCAGACAGGAAGAAAUGAAUAGCAGAUCAUGAGAGAGGGAGAGAAGAGGAAGCGAUUAAAGAAAGGAAAGUUUGGCAUGACAGUGCCGCUUUAAAACACCAUGGGGAAAGGCUCCUUCAAUAGGAAGAAAAGGAAAGCAAAACAAGAAUCCCACUGGUAGUUACCUACAACCCAACUCUAGAAGGAGUGCAUUCAAAUAUUAAAGAGCCACAGCUGUUAAUCUCAGAGAACCCAAUUCCUGAGCCCACCAUACCAGCAUUCAAUCACCUACCUAACCUGAGACAAAGAUUGGUCCGCAGCAAAUUGACCCUAGAACAGGAGCUGACACAGAAUGGCACUGUAAAAUGCAACAAAUCACUCUGCAGACUGUGCCAACAUAUAUGUGGCAAUAACACAGCCAGACCACAACAAAACAUACAAUACUAAGGGAUCAGAUUCGUGCACAUCUGCAAAUGUGGUGAACAUGAUACAGUGUAGUGUGACAAAUGUUGUUACAUUGGAGAAACUGGCCUUAAGCUGCAUUUCCCAAUGAAACAACACAAUCACUCAAUCAAGAACCAGAAGGAAAACAAAUCUUGUACUCUUGUUGGUCAUCACUUAACCAAGACUGAUCACUCCAUCCAAAACCUCAAGAUUAAAGUUCUUAAAGGGAAUUUUAAAGACUCACGAACGGAAGACAUUUGAGAUGAAAAUUAUCUCACAAUUCAACGCCAUAAAUGAAGGACAAAUCUAUAACUAAUCACCAAAGACUUCAUGGAUACAUCGUUGCACUUUUACUAUGUGUGGUAAUUAGCUAUAGAUUCGGUUCCUACUUUAUGACCGGACUUUGAUGUGGGUUGCUCUCUGCGUUGGGAGUUGCACUCCCAGGUACCGGAUGCUCAAUCUCUGAGGUUGCUCUCAUACAUUAUAUAUAAAAAGUUGCUUGGGCACAUAUUGAGACCACUACUCUUCUAUUAAUAUCAGAUGAACACCUCAAGAUUUCUCUCCCCUACCGCCUCUAUAUGUUUUUACAUUGUAUAUUUUUCAUUAACAACACUUUCACAUCUUCACUGGUGCGUUACCAGCAUCAUGACUGUAAGAGAAUUAUGGGAGAUGUAGUCCAUAACAUCUGGAGUGCCAAAGGUUGCUUACCCCCUUUUCUAGGUAAAUGGAUCUUUAGCAGAAGAAACAAAAAUGGAGGAUAGCACAGAAUUCUGGGCAAUAUUCACAUCUAGGAGCGGAUUACGAGAGUAAAUGGAAAAGUGUGUUUUUGUUUGAGUGGCAGCAAGCUGCAGGUGUUUUUGCGCAUUUAUAUAAUGGUUAAUUUACUGAUUGUCUGUCUGCUCUUUGGAGUGGGUGAACAGAUAUGCUACACUAUGGCUGCCAUGACAGGAGCAAGAUUUGAAUGCCUGCUUUUAAAAAAAAUUAUUAUUUUCAAAUAUUGUGCGAUGAGCGAGGUGUCAGUUUAUUUACAUAUGUGUACGAUCUAGGGUACAUGCUUUUAUAUCUAUAUUACGCAGAUAUGUCUGUGGUACUGGCUAAUCUAUCUUUAGUUGUAACAUAGCAACCCCGUGGGGUCUUCUGUGCAUACCAUCUUUUUUUAUCUGCUUGAAUUAUAUAAAAAUCCUUUUAUUACAGCAGUAUUGUCUGGAGCAUGUACAUGUCUUGUAAUAAGUGUCUAUAGCACCACAAGCUGUUUUUAAACCUGUUAUUUAUAUUCUGUGUCCAUGGAAACAGAUCAAAAGACAGGAGUGUAGGAUGUUAGACAUCUGCCCUUUGUGUAUGUGUCAAGAUCUGAGAUUGUCUUACAAAAGGCUGACCAUUAUCAGCAAUGACCAGAGCUCCUAGCCAGUGACAAAAAUAAAUGCCAGGAUAAACAUAGUAAUUCAGUUGAUGCAUUAAGAACUGCAAUUGUGUUGCUGCCUUUAUUUUUUUAGGAAGAGAAGUUACUAUUUUAUUUUUAGAUUAGAAGAAAAAAAAACACCAUUUACUGUCAUAGUGAUUGGAAUAUAUUGUUUAUGUCUGAUGCCUAACCUUUGGCAAAAAUGUAUAUUAAUAGAAAUAUAUAUAAUUAUUUUUUAUGCUCUCCAUACUGUUAUAUAUUCAAUGUUUGGAGGCUAGUUAUAUUCUGACAUUGUCAUGUUCUGACUACAUGAAUGAACACUAAUAUGCAAUCCAGUUGCGCAGUAGCACAAUGCGACCGCUUCCUGCGUUCCCAAAAGAUCAGAAUCUGAAGAAUGCAAAAGAUAACAGCCCCAAACUACUGCCAUUACUUAGGCAGAUGCUUAUUGAGUCUGACAACUUGAAAACAAAUUCAGCCAAUAAUGCUUCCUUAGGCCACCAUAGAUUGCUGACAUUCACGUCUAUUCAGCAUGAUCUACGAAGCAUAACAAAGAUAAGAUAAAUCUAUGUACACAUACAUUCAAACACCAUUAAUAAAGCAAAUAUAAAAAAGGAUGAUGGCGCUCAAACAAUAUAAUAAGUCCGGUGCAGCUAAAAAAAACACUGUCACAUGCACACCUAUUGUAGAUACCACUUAAUAAAACAAAACAAGGUGAUAUUUAUUUACCUCUGGUGGUGCGUUAAGUAGCAUAACAAUUCUUUAUUAUACACUUUAUAGCACACAACUAUAUAAAAGACAUAAGAAACCAUCAUGGUGUAGUAUAUAAAAAUAAAUUUAAAAAAAUUCCAGUAAAUCGGAAAACUCCCAAUUCUCAGAGCAUUAUAAAGUCAAAUGAUGAAAUUCACCAUCAGGCUCUAUCACCUUGUUUUAUUCUAUUCAACCACCAUUCUCAUAUUGAUAUCAAGCAAAAGUACUUUGAAAUAUAGUUGCAUUUUAAAUAAGGAAGAAGAACGUGGAAAUUUACCUUGUGUAAGAUAUUCUUGUGCUAUAAUUAACACUCCCUUCUGUAAAAGCUACAAACCAUAUUACCUAAAGAAAGAAUUCUAAAGAUAACAUUUUGUGAGCCUCAAUUUCAAAUCAUUUUAAUGGCAAUGCCAUCCUUUUUUGCAAAAUGAUAUCCGGGUGUCUUAUCAUGGGCUGCCAGAUCAUCAUGUUUUCCUAGGCACAUAGCCAUUGUGCGGCUAAUGGAAAGUGCAUGAAAAGUGCUGCCCUGUAGUACGUAGCUUUCUUCUGCUGCAAGAGGCAAAUCCGUUAAGGCAGUUCCUAUUGGACCCCUCCUUGUUUGUUCCUUUCUUCACUGCUAUAGCACUAAUGUGUACAUGAAAAUAUAGUGAAUCUGGGAAGUGUAUUACAUGUAUUGCAUUGUUUCUGGAGCUUCACAGCCCUCACAGUUAAUAUUGAAUUCUUUUGUUUAAGCAAAUAAUGCCCUUAGUUCUAACUGUUCGAGAUGGCUGCUAUUGACAGAUAUUUAUAUACGAGUGUCUACACACACAUACACAUUAACUUCCAUUUGAUUUUGUGCUGUUUUAUGUCUAACAGAUCGGUUCCUGUCCUCUGGCUAUAAUUUCGACACUUCACAUUUCUGUUUGCUGCACUUGAGUGGCACUCUGAAAAACUUGGAUUAAAUGUAGCGUACAUAGGGGGCCCACAUCUCCCAGCUAAUUAUCAUUUGUGCUAAUUAGGUGGAGAGCAAUUAUAAUCCUUGAUUCUGCCGGGAAUUGCUGAAAUCUGCAUUAGUCUGCACAGUUAACGCAUUCCUUUCUGGUACCCAACAGAGCUUUGCCAGUCAUGCAAGGAAAAGGUUAAACGUGCAGAGGACACAAUUGUAAAUGGUUAUUGACAAAAACAUCUGUGAAAAAUUGGCAAAAAUACAUUUUUGCUGAUUUUUCCACAAGUCAAAAAAUAAAUGAUUUUUUAUCCAUUUUACCAAAGUAUAUAUCUUUUGAAUUGUUGCCCUAAUUUUUCUUUAAUUUUGGAUCGCUACAGCAUUUGGUAAAUGCUUUUAUUAAUGUCCUUGAGAUGUGUGUUUGUGUGAAAGCCGAGAACUCUAGAAUCAGAUUUCUGUCCUUGAAAUGUCUCUAACCAGGAAAUGGUGAUUCAGAUUUCUUUCUCCUCAAGAUUGUUUAAAACUGUGUUUUUCUGCUGAAGGGAAAUUUGCGCUCCAUUUGCUGGCGAGAAUAAAGAAUGCACAUGACGCGUGUCCUUUUCAUGCCUGACAUAAAGGGAAAAUUUACAGUGACAUGUUUUAUGACAAUGUGUCUUCUUUUCAGGUAGCUGCUGCACCCUGGUGGCUCCCUGUGAAAGGUGCUGACUGGAGACACCCAGAAGGUCCAGACUCGAAUAUCUCUGACAGGUAAUGCAUUCAUUGGAAAAGGAUACUUGGUCAUAAAGCACAAAUUAGCGGGGUAUUUUACAUAAACACUUACGGCUUUAACACUGGCUCAUUUGCCUUUUCCUAUAAAGAAAACAAAUAUCUCUCAAAUAAGUUGUAUAGAAGCAUUUAUAAUUUAAAUAUUUGAGCACUUUUUUUUAAUAGAACUACAGGUUUUUUUAUUUAGCAGUCUCUUAAUACAAUCUUUUUACCACGAAAUGUAAAAUUUCAGUUUAGAGUUGUCAAACGGGAAAAAAUUGCUACUUUUCGAGCUUGUGCAUAUUUGUCCUAAUAUGUCAAAUUCCCUGUUUAAUUAGUGACGCUGCGGCCAGACUGAGACAUAAAUCGUCAUGGGCACGUUUUGGCAUUGAAUCAUGCAGAGUAGCUAACUCACCCCCUCUUACCUUUCUGCUCUCUCACUAGCUCCCAUUGAUGGCUGCAAAUAAAGUGUCAGGUGUAUUUAAACUUGCGCUGCACUGUUCACGGGGUCCUGAUAAUUUCGUUUCAUUGCAACCUGAGCUCCCAGUGUAACAAACCGCAUUGGCCUUCAUGACUCCUUCACAUCACGUUUAGCAAAUGGCAAUAGCAGGGGAAAAAGGAAAGCAUGGAGGGCCUAUAUAUAACCCAGAGACAAGAUAAUACAUAAAUACAAUGAUUUUAUUACAUUCUUGACGGAUCACUUCUGCUCCUGCACAGGCUGGAUCAUCCUGUUUUGCAUGUAUCCUGGAACGAUGCCUCCGCCUACUGCGCCUGGGUAGGAAAACGCCUUCCAACAGAAGCUGAAUGGGAGUAUGCCUGCCGUGGAGGGUUGGAGAACAGGUGCGUAGGACUUCCUAUAUGUACUAACCGGUCUAGUAUGAAAAAAACAACAGGGUUGUUUUGUAUUUGACCACUCUUAAGGAACAAUAAUAACUAUAUUAUCAAGAUGAUUAAACUGUAUAAAUGUCAUUUUCAGGUAUAUUUGUGACCUAAAUGUUAUGACUCAACCCAUUGGUAGUCAUUGACCUUGAAGGGUAGAAAGGAUGUCAUCCAAUGCUAGGCUGACACAAGGCGAACAUUGCCAUCUAUCCUGCUUCUGGAUGAAUAUUCCUUACAGUUCCCACAAUUUGCUAUAAUCUCCUACUUGUCCAUAGUUCUAACUAACAUCUGCAGUCUAUCAUAUUCAUAAAAUAUGCAAAUGAAGCUUUGGCAAGAUAAUAGAAGCUGACAAAUUAGCUUACACACUAGUUUAAUUUGUCUCUUUUUGUGAAUACAUUUACAAGUGAGUGCUUAAAGGGACAGUCUAAGCACCAUAGCAACUUAAUCUAAAUUAAGUUUUUAUGGCGUAAGGAUGACACCAGGCUCACGCUAACCUCAAGGGGUUAAAACAUUUAUGAAUGGUUUAACCCCAAAGCUGACUCCAGUGUCGAUCUUGGCUUCCCCCCCAAGCGGGAUCCGUUUUUUUUUUUUUUUUAAUUUCUGUUUCAGGCAGUGUGGAGUGCUGCCUGGCAGAGCCGCCGCUAAUUAUUUGAGUACAGUCAGUUGACACACUCAGCCAAUCACUGACUCCUCUUUUGCUAAACUGGCUUUUAAAUGGUACGUUUCAUUCCAUGCCAGUUUUGGGAAUGUGGAGUCACUGAUUGACCGCGUCAGCUGACCGUUCUCAGCCAAUCAGCAGUGCCCCUGCUUGGAGGCUCUCUGUACUUCCUGAAAAUGUAAUUUCAGAAGCCGGAUGCCAUCUGAGGGGGGGAGCGCAACUUUUGGGGCUAAACCAUUCAAAAAUGGUUUAUCUCCUCGAGGUAAGAGAGCGCCGGGCCCUCUUGGCACCAAAACAACUUUUUGUUGUUAAUUAGAUUAAUUUACAUUUAAUUAUUUAUCUUAUAAAUCCAUGCUGGUCAUGGGUUUAUGGGGAUAUUCUUCCCACAGAACAAUGAGAAGGUCAGGAUUGACUGAGAAAUAUGCACUUUCCUUGUUUCUUUCUUCUGGGGGGAAAAAAAGAGAAGGGGUUUAGAAGCCAAGCCGUCCUAGAUUGCCCCCUCAAAACGAAACAUUGAAACAAAGCCUGUGGAAAAACAGCCCUUUUUCAAGGCUUGCCCAUCUGUGCUCAGAGUACAUUAAUGAAAUCCUAUCUUGGGCCCAUGCUGUGUUUUGUAAAUUAUAUGCCUAGACCUUUCCGUUUUAUUUCAUGCAGAGAGUAAUGUUUUUGUUUGAUACCAUUAAUGCAACUAUUGUACAGCAUAAAAAACCUUUGUCAUCUUACACUGCGUAACUGUAAAAUCUGUCUAUUCAAAUGUAAUAAGAUUCUUUAUCAGCAUUAAUAUAUUUGGUAUUAGAAGCAUUCACGUGUCUCGUAAGAAGAUAAAAUCACAGAAACCUUAUUUUUCUCUGAGAAAGGAGCGUCAUGCUCCGACUGCACAGAAUUGUGAUUAUGCGAUUAGAAUGCCUAAAAUAGAAGUCUUUAAUUCUCAAACAAGCCAGAAAGAGCUGCUUGUUAUUUCCAUAAUAGCAGAAGGCAUCCUAUGUGUGCUUACUUACAGAUUGUGUUUGUGAUAAGAUGGUUAAAAAAAACUUAAGGAUGUAGCUCGGCGCGUUUUUGUUUUCAAAAAAGUAUGUCUUAUGUGUUAUGGUCUUGCCUUGUACUUGCACUUUCUUCUGCUUCAACAAGUCCUGCAUUUCCGAGAAAAGAGAUCAUAAAUAAGGCAGGGGGUUACAGAGGGGUAAAAACCAAACUUGAUGCUUUCAGACUGGCUUUAGAAAAUAUCUAUAUUUCAUAUUGUGCUUCUUCGUCUACACAUAUGCUAAUGGUACAACUUAUGGUAGACACCUCAGGUACAAGUGUAUGACAAUAUGUAUAAAAAUUGAUGUGUUCAGAAAAGUAGUCUAAAGUACUCCACAUGAGCAAUCACCAUGGAAACCAGUGCAACCAGCUGAUGCAUUCCAAUGGUAAUUCCACCACUUUUCAGAGCACGACUCCUUUAUACACAACACACAUACAUAACUUUUAUUUUUAGAUCUAUUCAUUCACUAAGUAUUCUGCACAUUCCAUAAUAUUACAUAGAAUUUUCAGGUUCACAAAUUCUGCUUCUUUGUAAAAGCAGAACAAUCUAUUAAAAACAUUAUAUGUAGUAAUAUAAAGUAUCAAAGGAUUUGGUUUUUUUAUAUCUUUAAUACUCUAUGAAAUCGGCAAAUGUCUAUACCUGGAAAAACAAAAGAGAGUCUGCACACACAAAUUUGCAAUUUUCUUUUAAAAUUGCUCGAGUUUAAUUAAAAGCACCUGUCUCAUUUAAAGCGGCACAGUCAUGCCGAACUUACCUUUCUUUAAUCGAUUCCUCUUCUCUCUUUCUGUCAGGAUCUGUUCUUAAUUUCUUCCUGUCUGCUCUAGUUUUCUUUAAAAUCAUAAGACAAAGUAGGGACUAUUUGUCUUAUGGAGGUUUCCUACGCCUGACCAGUGGAGGAGCAAAGUGUGCUUCAUUUCCGGUUCUCCAUACGUGUUAGGACGCUAUUCGGGACUUUGUUCGUAUCGGAAUUUCAUUCAACUGAAUUAAACUCCGAUCCUAUUCGUGCUUAGUAGAUAGCUCCCUAAUUCCCAAGGUAUCAGGGAGCUCUCUACCAAAAGGCUGUAAUACCUAAAUUGGUCUUGUAGCCAAGUUUACUAAUACUAAGUAAAGAUUACUUGGUAUUAGUAAAUAUUGCCACCCCCCCGAGCGGUGGGUGUUGGCCCUAAAUAAAAGUAAGAGGGCGGGAGGCCUAUUGUCCUCCCCUCUGGCUCCCUGAGCAGCAAGUGGGGGCCCUAAAUGAAAAUGAAGCCCCUCCAGGUGACUAGGAGUCCCCAAGCCCCUAGUCACCCCCCACCCCAAAACAAAUUAAUAAACCCCUACCUAUCCCCCUCACCCUAAAAAUAGUGAGGGGAAAUAAGACAACUAAAUACCUGUAAAAAAAAAAAAAACUUACCCCAAAAAAUCCCAAAUGGUGAAAAAGUAAUCCAUCAUCACCCAGCGAGGGCACGGUGCAGACUGAGCUCCGCAGGGCGGGGAAAGACUCAUAAUGCCUUCCCACCCGCUGCGAUGUAGCUAAGAGCGCUCUUACUGGUUGGUUUAAGCCAUCCAAUUAGUGCUCUCAGGUAAAUGAAGAGACUGACAUGGAAAAUCUCUACAUUUACCUGCCACAGCACUCUGGUUGGCCUGAAAUCCAACCAAUCAGAGUGCUCUGUGUCAUUUUACACAGCGUGGGAAAGUUCUUUGGAAUUUCCCCAUGCUGUGUAAUUUGACUCAUAACGCUCUUAUUGGUUGAUUGAAAGCAACCAAUCAGAGUGUUGUUAUGAGAGCACUCUGGUUGGAUUUUUCAAGCCAACCAAUCAGAGUGCUGUGGCAGGUAAAUAUAGAUACUUGUUUUUUAAUUUUUUAAUUUUAUUUUUGCGCUCAGGUUUUUUAUUUUAUUUUCAAAGUGUGAAGGGUAUUUUAUUUGGCCUUUUUGGGGGCUGAAAAAAAGAAGACAUCACAUGGUAAGUUAUAUUUAUUUUUUUACAGGUAUUUAGUUCUCUUGUUCCCCCCUCACUUUUUUUAGGGUGAGGGGGAUAGUUAGGGGAAUAUUAAAAAUUUUUUGGGUGGGGGGUGACUAGGGGCUUGGGGACCCCUAGUCACCUGGGGAGGGGGAUUUAACAUUUUCAUUUAUGGCCCACUGAGGGGGGGAGAACAAUGGGGUCCCCACCCACCGCUCAGGGAUGGGGGCCGAUGGGCGAACAAUAGUCCCCUCACACAUUUUCAUUUAGGGUCCCCACCCGCCGCUCAGGGGUGGGGGCUGGGGGGAGGGCUAUAAGUCCCCCCCCCCUUAUUCUUAUUUAGCGCCCCAGCCUGCCACUCGGGUGGGAGGACAAAAGGUCACCCCCACAUUUUCAUUUAGGGCCCCCACCUGCCACUCAGGGGUGGGGGCUCGGGGGGAGGACAAUAGCCCCCCCCCAUUGUCAUUUAGGGCCCCCACCCGCUGAUCAGGGGUGGGGGCUGGGGGGUGGUAAUAGCCCCCACUCACGCCGCAUGGGUGGGGACUCGGGAGGGGGGAUACUUUUUUUUUAGUGAGCAGUAAGUUAGUGAAUUUGGCUGAAAGACCAAUUUAGGUCUUUCAGCCUUUUGGUAGAUAGCUCCCUGAUUCCUUGGGACUUAGGGAGAUGUCUGCUAAGUGGCUGCAAAUGGCAGCCACAGCACGAAUAGGUUCGGAGUUUCAUUUAUUCUAAUGAAAUUCAGAUACGAACAAAGUCCUAAAUUGCAUCCUAACACUAAUUGAGAAACUGUUCUCAUUCUGUUAGGACGCAAUUCGGUAGUUUCGCUGACGUUCUGUCUAAAAUGACAAGACAUUAGGGAAAUGUGAAAGGAGGCUUCGUGGGAACACGGAGGAAAGGUGAGAAUUGUGGGAAAAUUGCUCUGACCACCGGAAAUGAGGCACACUUUGCUCCUCCGCAAGUCAUAGCUGGUCAGGCGUAGGAAACCUCCAUAAGACAAAUAGUCCCUACUUUGUCUUAUGAUUUUAAAGAAAACUAGAGCAGACAGGAAGAAAUGAAGAACAGAUCCUGACAGGGAGAGAAGAGGAAUCAAUUGGGGAAAGGUAAGUUCGGCAUGACAGUGCCACUUUAAUCCUUUUUUAAUUGAAGCCUAAAUUAGAAAAUGCAGUGGGUGUUUUUUAUCCUCCAUAUUAAAAUUAUAUUAGGGACCAGUAUUGAGGUAAUUUGAAGGUAUGUGCUUUAAGCGAAACUGUGGGUUAAAAAGGGUAAACCCCCUAUUUAAUAAUACAUAAAAAAAUUUAAAAUGACACAUGCCCUCGGGUGCAGGUAGACAGCACCUUAACCAUGAUGAGACUUAAAUUCCAUAAAUUUUUGCCCUCUUGAGCAUUUCUACUCAUCAUUGAGAAAACGCCCAAUUGUUCUCUCUACUGAUAGUAGCCGAAUUGCGACUGCUAUCCGUUUGCACACAUCUUUUUUUCACUAUUUAGUAAACAGUGUGCCGUUCAGCAGGAUCAUGAGCAGAGCCUUGCUGCUCUCUCUUCUCGGGGGAGAUAGUUUAGACCUAGUUGUGUGAAUGGUGUACCCAUGCAUGGCAUGGUCAAAACUGAAAAUGUUAACUCCCUGGUUGGCCGCUCUGAGGGAUUGUCUAAAACCUGCAGAGAUCUUUACAAGUAACAAUAGUUCUAGUCUCAGAGAGCAGGCUCAAUGCAUCAUCACCUUUUGGAAUCAUGCAAAAUUGUGAUGAUGCAUGGAGUGACCCUUUAACACAGUGUGGUCUAACCAAAACCCUAUAGUUUGUACUUGAGACAGACAUUUUAUGUAAACUAUAAGGAUUUAAUAUUGCACGUUGUAUGUGUUUACUCAUUUUUGUAUAUUUUGUAUACAUUACUAUUUUCAACAGUGCGAAAAUAAAAUAUCUGUUUAUUUAUGCACAAUAACAGCUUAAAAUUUUUAUAUAUAGUCUAUUAAAAAUAAAAUCUGAAAACUCUGAAAAGUCUAAACUUAAGCCAUCUUUAUUUUCAGUAGAACUGAGAAAAUCAUGUUUACACCUAGCUCUAAUAUCCUUUGUAAUUUUUCCCUUUUAAUCUCAAUAUGUAUGCUAACCAGAUUUUUAUUCUGCAAAUAUAAAGGCUUUUUCCAUGGGGGAACAAGUUGCAGCCCAAAGGGGAACAUUUUGCAAAUGUCUGGCAAGGGGUUUUUCCAACCAACAACUCAGGAGAGGACGGAUAUGUGCAGACAUCACCUGUGAGUAGCUAAACAUAUCUGUAUCAGGCACGAUAUGACUGUCCCCAGCCUUUAGAAAACAAAACUCCUGCUCUAGUCUUGUUAUAGACACGGAUAAAAUGUUGAGAUUGAUAUAAUAGUCUGUUUAAUAGAGUGAUUUGCACACAGCUUAUAGAUGCCAAACUGGCGGUAGUUGAUAUAUAAUUAUAUUGUUAAAGUCAGUUUUACUCUUUUUUUUUUUUUAUUGGUUACAUUAUGAUUAAUUUAUUUACCAACUGCGGUGUUAAGCACGGUUUGCCUGUUGAUAAUCGCCCUUCUUGUACCUACAAUUCAUCUAUGGUACAAGAGGUGUCUGCAGAAAAAAAUCUGUAAGGGUCAUAACGCAUUUAGGCACUUGAACGGUUAGAGACGGUUUAAAUAAUAGGAAAGUUAUAUUCCGGAGAAAGGGGGGGCACUUGGCUGCUCUCGCCCACUCUUACCCUCUGCUGCAGAUGCCCAUGUAUGAUACACCAUGCAUGCAUUAUUGAUAGACCACUCGAUGUGUAUGCAUGGAUAUUUUAAUUUGUUCUCAUCAGGUAUUUUUGGCAUUUUACAGGUGCAGUAACUAAAGUAGUUAUAUCCAUAAUAGAAGGGAAUGACAACAGAUAACAUACCGCUAGAGCUAGGAUAAUGUGAAACAGGAGUUGACAACGUGACAAUGCAAAUUGAUUUAGUUUAUUAGCAUAAUGCUUAUUUUAAAAGCUUUUGUUUUAAUGUGAAAUUGAAGUAGUGGAUGGUGAAGCUUGGCAAAGUUCCUUAGUGUACUCCACAUAUUGCGGAAGAAAUUACUAGCUCUUAGCCCAGAUACAGCAACACAUAAUAUAUAAUUGACACUGUGUAAGUGGUGUGCCAGUAUGUGUCAUUAAAGGGGCACUCCAGGCAGGUAAACAAGUUAAGCUUAAAUUAAAGCUUAUAAACUCAAAAUACCUGUGGUUAGUUUCUUUUCUUUCAAUUCUGUGUAGGUUUCCUGCAGCGCUGUAAAAUGUUUUGCUGUUUUCAGCAGUGUAAUCCAGCCUCCUUAGCCACCCCUCACUCACAUUUCAACAUGUUCCUGAUUCCCAGUCUCUGAAAGAAAUGUACCUUUUACAGCCAAUGAAAAUAGAUUCAUGUCUUAUCUAGCGUAAGAAAUGCUCACAGCACAGACUGAACUGCUGAGACACGGCUACAGCCCAAUAUGUGCUCCUCUCCCAUCCCCCUGUAAUGCAAGUAAUAAGUUCUCCUCCAGCCGCUGUUAGCAAACCUCACUACUCAAUGUUUACCCCUUCCCAAUCAGCCAACCUCCCUACCCACAGUUAGCCCCUGCCCUUGACAGUCCCUGUCAGCCAACCUUACUACCCACAAUUAACCCCUCCCCACCCAGUUCCUGUCAUCCAACCUCACUACUCACUGUUAACUCCUUCCCUGCCAGCCAACCUCACCACCCACUGUUAACCCCUAGAUAUAUAUAGACACCUCUAUCUCUAACCCCUAUGUUAACCCCUACAUAUACAUACACACAUCUAUCUCUAAGAGAGAUAUUGCGAGAAAGCUCUCUAGAUAUUUAUGAGUUUGUCUCUUUAUAUUGUGUGUGUGUUGUGAUAUGUAAGUUCUAGUGUCUGAAUGCUGAGAACUUGGCAGGCAUUGUGGGCUUGUGUCGAGCUGAGUAAUGCUCAGGCACUCCCAGUAAGGUGUGUCAUUACGUCUUCUCAUAGAGAAUCCCUGGUCGACGGACAUUGUGGGCGUGUCAUUACUGAUUCUCAUAGAGAAUUCAUGGAGCAUGGCCAUUGGUGGACAGUCUGACUGAAAUAAAGGAAGCCGGGAAAAAGCAAAGAGGGAAAUGACAUGCAAUCAGGAGGAGGGUCAGAAAAUAUGAUCAAAAUAAAGAUUAAAACCAGUACUUCUAACGCUCAUUUUGACACUAUUGGGGGGAGGGGAGCAUUUAGUGACAGUAGGGUUAGUGUUGGAGGGGGGAAAGUAUAUGCGUAUCUUUUUUUACCUAUACAAUUCCUUUAAAGAUGGGGAGGAUUUUACCUUGAUGGUUAGAAUGAGUAAGGGUACCGUAUUAUAGUGGUACCGGCUGUCCGUUUUAAAAAAAAUUUUUUAAAUUGUUUAAUGAAAGACUAUUUUGUCUGAAGGUUUCAACAUAACUGUAGCAAUCUGAUAAAUACAUAAGAAGCUACAGUGGUCCUGGAGGAGAGGUUAUUCCAUAAAGCUUUUCUUUAUCCUGGAGAAAUGACCAUGAACGUGUGACUUUUAAGCCUAAAUAGCCACAUUUAAAAAAUAAAUAAAUAAUUAAUGUAGGCCCAUUAUAUUCGAGCAUUCUUCAUGGAAUAUAUAUUCUCUUACAUUAUUCAAACCUCUCUAGUGAACUUAUCUACUUCUCUUGAUUUAUUAAAUUCUAUUCAAUUACUGAUUCCAGAGAUGCAGCCUUGGGGGCUAAAUUUGCCCCUUCAUAGACCAACCUGAUAUUUGAGUGGGAGGCCUUCCACAUUUUUGGAGAGGGUAAAUGGCAAGAAAUUACAUUAUAAGUUGUUCUUUUUUUAUAUUCAUUUUAUUUUUAGAUGUAUUGAUUAUUAGUGAUUUGUUUGGCGUGACAGUGUGUAGGAGGUCUAGCUAAAUGGCUGUACCCACCACUAAAGAUUGAAGAGGUCAAGUUACAGCAUCAUCUAUCAUGCUUGAUAGAGAAACUUGUUUGCCAUAAAAUAAAUGUUUUGUAUGUUGCCUUCCACAUGUAUUUAUUGCAGACUCUUUCUCUGAUUUAACAUACUAUACCACUUCCAUUGUACAGCAUGUUAAAUUAGAGAACUUUAUUUUUUUUUCUUGCCUACUAUAGUGAUUGUUAUUCAUAUCAGCUAUUUCAAUUGGUAAAACUACAGUUGACAGGCCUUUUGAGAUUAAACAUUUCCAGUAACAAGAGAAAAUUACGGUGGAUUUAGGGCACGCUCUCCUAGACGGAAAGUCUUGAGGAUUUUUAUUUGAGCUAUUUAGGUUCCCGAGGGGGUAUUCAAUUUUGAAUGGGAAGUAUAUCUAUUUUUGUUAACUCUGGUGGGAUUUGCAAUGCAUGUACUUAGAAUUUGUUUGCAUCGUUUAAUUUAUAUGCAGCUAUGAUAUUUUUAAGUACUAUUCUAUUUUUUUUUUUUAAAUAUAUUGUACUUACAUUUUCUAAAGUAUACAUUAGUUAUGCAAUUCAAAUGUUAAGUAAAUGAGCCUAAAAUUGUAUGCACACUUCUCAAUUCACUUUUUAUGUUUACACUAUAGGGGGGUCACUGAUAAGUUUCACAAGAUGAAAAUUGUUUAAGGCUAUGGUGCUGUGUGUAUGUUUUGCUAACAUGCUACAGAUAUAAGACUGUAGAAUUUAAUAUCUAGCUCAUGACUGAUUUGGAGCCAUACCAACGUUUGAGUGGGUACCCAAGUGUGGUUUGAUUCGUACGGUCUUAUUCUGAGUGUUUGUUUGUACAGUGGUUUGAUUAUUCUGGGCUGUCUGGGAAUUCCUGUAACUCUGCUUUUGUGCUUUGAAACUGGACUAUUUAGGGCCUAAAAUUAGCAAUUUUCACAAAUUAGUGUCUCAGUUCUUUAUUAUAGGUAAUGAAGGAAAUAUACAUAUAUUAGAUACAGCCUUAUUAGUGUGCUGUUGCCACGGGGCAAACUAUUGUUCUGCAAAUGUGAGGUGAAGGGGAUAAUUUGGAUAGUAAAAAAAGCAUCUCAGCAGCUGACAUAUUACAUUUAGUGGACAAUGAGCUGUUCUCUAGAUUGUAAGCACAUUUGGGCAGGGUCCCCUCCGCUUACUGUUCCCGUAUGUCACACGGUAUAGAAUUAAAUGUUUGUCUUGUUUACCUUUUAUACAGCGCUGCAGAUUAUGUUGGCACUAUAUAAAAUAAUUGUAAUUGUUCAAGAAAGUCUCAUAAGGUAUUAAUCAAAAAUACGCUGAUAGCAAGGCUGUGGAGCACUGCAUCUCUGCAUGGAAGAUAUUGGGGAGUAGAUAUCACUACAGCUCCCAUGAGUCACCACCAGCUUUGAUUUGUAGUUAAGGAUCAGCUGCGCUACCCUGAUUGUAUUAACCUGAUCCAAUAUAAAUGUAUAAUUCCUCUUUACAGGUAACCAUGUUCCCUGCGAAUGGCUAUGGGCUGUAUAAUAUGGUAGGAAAUGCUUGGGAGUGGACCUCGGACUGGUGGGAUACAAGUCACACAGCAGAUGAUGCCUAUAACCCAGUGAGUGAACCUAAUUCAUUGCUCUAUGGUAUAUGAUUAUUAGAGCUUUUGCAGCGGAGGAACAUAUCUUCUGUGUAGGAGCUGUGCGAAGUAUGUGUCUGAAUCACUAAUUAUUGCUUCAAAGCCUCUCUGCCCCCUCAUUUCCUCUUACAGUGUCAUGUCUAUUGUCUGUACUUGCCAAUGUGAUAACCCUUUAAGUGUCAUCUUAGCACACCCCCUUUAUAUUGACGGUGCUUAUAUAAUUGCUUUGCGUUUUCAGUUUAGCUCUUUAGAUUUGCAAGCUUUAUACACUUCCAUUAAACCUGGAAUGUUUGCUGGAUCAGGGCCCAGUUGACAAAAAGGCAGCUGCCUGCAGGUGUUUGUCUGAGACACCUUCCUCUCCAAUACAAAAUGCACUUUUAUUACAUUGGGGGAGGGUGGCUCUGCAAUUGGCAGUCUCAACUGUGUGCCAGGCAGCAAGGGGAGUGCAUGUUUUUCACCUCCAUGAUGUCAAGAUAUCUGCUUGUAUGUCAGAACAGAUACAGACUGAAUGAGGAUCCGUUAACAGCUGGCAGAAUGGAAUUAUGGGUAUGCAUUUUUUUUCCCCAAAAACAUUUUAUUGAACGUAAAUGUAUUCCUAUGUUUCAUUUUGUGGUCACUUGAAAUGUAACAAUAAUAAAGGAAUUACAAAAGAUUUUUCACAAUAUGCACGCGUCAUUACUUCCAAGGACAUACACAAGUAGUGCUGUUCAUUCAGUAAUAAUGAAAGAAAAAUGUAAACGGUAAUGGAAAAAUGUGUCUUAUUGGGUAGAGAUGAGGAGACUGGAGUAGAUUUGUAGUAGAUAUAAAGCUGUUUUAUGAAGUGCUAAGGUGUAUGGAACAUAUAAAGAAAGGAAGCUCCAAUGAUUCUAAACACACAGGAAUGUGACCUUGUAAUAAAUUGGGAAUUGUAUAUUGAAUCCAAUACAACCUAACUGACAGGAUGAAAUACAAUCAAAAUGAUAAAAACCUGGUGUAAACAUUUUUUUUUUUUUUUUUGGCAACAUUUUCCAUUUCAGCUGCAUAUUAUUGACACAUGUAAAUGCAUACUUAGCCAGUGACUCCAUUCUUGAAUGUGUGUGCGCAUUAUUUUUGUUCAUUGCAUUAUGGUAACUUUGCAUACUCAAAAGAGCUCUUUAACAUCUGUCUAAUAUGUGUGAGCACAACAUAUAUAUUAAAUAUGGAGCAGAGCUAUAUGCCACUUAUUUAUGGUGAAGGUUCCAUUUAACAGGUUAAUAUGUUAACCUAAAGCACAAUUUUAGUGUUGGAUUAAAAGAUAUGCACUCUGUGUUCAGCAAGGGGUCUGAUAAUAAAUGCAUGUUAUCUUCACACUUUUGCUUGGCUUUAAAGUUCUUUAACACUUUCGUCUGUAGAAACGUAUGCCUGUAACAUAAGUUCCUCCUGGAGUAGUCUCGAUUCAAAGCCUUAAAUAGAUUGUGGAAUGUUUGAUUAAAAGUGUAUGUAGGGGAUGGCGGAGCCUGGCAGCCAAGCAGCCCAGAUGUGCUCAACACGAGCUCACACGUCAGGGGACGAUAAACGGGGGAUUAUACCCAGCCAAAGACAAAUACAGACCGCAGACCACCAUACCCACAACAGGGAGAGGCUGCGGCAUCGAACGGUGCAUCUCUCGAGCAUCAGCUCAGCCAUUCUGCCUUACCGAGGCUUACGGCCUACGCGAGGCUGGGUCAGGAGAGACGGCCGCUCUCCGGACACAGAAGCAGGGACUGAUAACCUGGUGAAACAUCCUCACCCCCCCACCCCACCCCCGAGGACCAACGGGGGUCAUCCCGGUCCACACAAAGCGGCCUCACUCACCCUGUGGUUAGCGGGCAGCUGAUACCGCACAGACCUGAAAGACGACACUGCCACCCAAAAUGGCGGACGUACCAUAUCCACGAGGCAAGAGGUAGCAGCCGGCCGAACAAGACGCGUGCGCAGUGGUAGACCGCAAGUUACAACAUUUUGACAAGAUAUUUGCUUGUUUCUGGUGGCGACUAAAGGUAUGAGCAAAAGCAGCAGCUGGUGGUCAGACAAUCAAACAGGAGCGAAUAAGCGAGGAUGUGCGCAGGGCCCCACCGGGCACAACCACCCGCCAAACACCCCUGCCACACAUACCUAGCCCACCCAGGCAGAGAGCAGGCAAGGUCACACACCACAGACUCCCACUACAGAAGCAGAACCCCCUCCCCCCGGGAGGCAGAUGACCACCCAGAACCUCAGCCGCUCCUCAGUGAAGAGGGACUCACACCUACUCCAGAGGACACAGAUCCGGGGAAAAGCGAUGCUAACCUCCAGGGAGGCAGAGGACGGGCGAGAUGUCAGGCACAACCCACGCCUUGAACUGCCACAGAGACGCAUCUAGGUCAACCCGUGAGCUCCCAUGGACGGUCCCCCUCAGGACUUGCUGCUAAACUCCAUCCCGCCGGUACCAAGACAGACGAUAAUGUGAAAAAUGUGUCCUAGUUAAUUUUAUGUUUGGCCGAUUUUUGGCUGCCUGCAUCACCUGUAACAAAAAUCAGAGGCGCUCCAGAGGUAAAACCCACUACUAGCCUGUUAUCACAUACCUAGCCAGUUACUUACACCCAGCAAACAUGCCACGCAAGUUCGGUUAACAAUAGAGGUCUAGCAGGGUCUCCCCAUCUGGAAACUUAUCUUACUAAAAUCUCACAUAACCUACGAACCUGCAGCAACCCAGGGGUUAAACCCGCUACACCACUCAUGGGCGUAGUGCCCCUAAUCUCACUGGGUAAAUACAACCAGUACCUAGGUCUCCACUCCAGCCUGUAAUCUCAUAUGACCAGCGCGAGUACGGAGUACCUACAGUCUAAAUAAUCAAACAAUGAAGCCUGAUAACCAACGCAUAUAUGUUUAUGAUCCCGCAUAUAUGUUAGAAUAGAAUCAUAUUAUAUGCCUGUUCAUAUCCUGAAAUGUUUAUCUACCUAACCUGUGACUUAUUUCCUUCUUCGUUAUAAAAUAUAAAAUGGUGCAUGUACUAUCAGAUACCUCUAUUGUAAAGCAUGACAUUACGCAUGAGGAAUGCCGUUGGGGUACCUCAUGCUCGCCUGUUAUAUUCUUCUGCACUGCAAAAAUACAAAAAAAAAAAGUGUAUGUAGGGAAUCAAAUGAUUCUGUAGAUGCUGGAAGCAGAAUGUAGUUUAUUUUAUUAAAAGGCAGUGUUAAUAGAGUAUUUGUCUUUGCAGAACGGACCACCUUCGGGAACAGACCGGGUAAAGAAAGGAGGGUCCUACAUGUGUCACAAGGUGAGCAAUGUAUUUAAACCCAAUCCAAAGAAGAAUUCUUACCUGAUUGUUCAUAGUUUAAAAGAAAGCCCUAAAGAAGCAAUGGUGACUCCAAUAAUAAAUGAUUUCAUAAUUGCCAUCACCGCUGCUUGCAUUUGAACUUAAGAAACUGAUGUUAUGAUCCAAUGACUAAGAGUUAAUGAUGAUUUGAUGAUUUGUUUAACAGACGACCAUGUUUGAAUGCAGAGUUAUCUGUACACUUGUUACACAGUUUGUAUAAUUAAAGCGAAUGUUCCCCUUCUUUUUAUGGGUGUUGGCAAAGCAACCAUAUAGUCCUCUCCCUUACCGGCAAAACCCUCACAAUCCGGUUUCACUAUGAAUGUAUUCUACCUUGUUAUUCUGAUUCUUGCGUAUGGGGCGUAGGUUGUUUCAGCACCACCGGACGGAUGCUGGACAUUUCUGUUGGGCAAUCACCUUAACACAGCUUUGUCUGUUUCAUUGUUAGUGAUGAGACAUUGGUGACAGUGGUAUUUCACAGUGAGAGCACGCCAGCGUCCAUAGGAAAGCAUUAUGAAUGCUUUCCUAUGUGACCGGCUGAAUGCGCGCGCAGCUCUUGCCGCGCGUGCGCAUUCAGCCGACGGGGAGGAGAGAAGGAGGAUCGGAGGAGGAGAGCUCUCCGCCCAGUGCUGGAAAAAGGUAAGUUUUUACCCCUUGCCCCCUUCCAGAGCCGGGCGGGAGGGGGUCCCUGAUGGUGGGGGCACCCUCAGGGCACUAUAGUGCCAGGAAAACAAGUAUGUUUUCCUGGCACUAUAGUGGUCCUUUAAUGCAGUUUGCAGUGAUCAAGUGCAGCUAAGCUGUAUAUUUUAUUUAAAUUUAUUUAAUUUAAAGGUUGGUAGGUGGCUAGUUAGUGGAAACAAUUACAAAAAGUUUUUUUACUUCAAUGUUUUAGUUAUUUAGUGUGAAAUAAAGCAAUGACUCUGUAUAUAGAUAGGUAGAUGAAUUGUAAUAAUAUGCUAUUUUGGCUUCCAGAAUAAUCAUAAUAAUGAAAAUGCAAAGUUGUUUUACUCUUUAUAUCAUUUUAAAUACAAAUAUGCCUAAACAAGUCAAACAUAACUCAAUUUCAGUCCAGAUUUGCUGAGAUGUUUAACGCUCAAAAAUAGUAUCUAAUGUUGAAUUCUUUGUGAAAGUCAGAUAGAUAAGAUUUAAAAAAAUACAUCUCCUCAAGAUGCUCCAGGUAGCUGGUCCAUUUUUCUAAACUUUGUGAAGGCAUUUGCAUUUGCAUCAAGACAAGGAUUGCCAACCUAAUUCUACCUGCGUGCCCACGAAAUAAAAAAAUAAAAAAUUGUCACCUUAUUAACACCUUACUAAAUAAAGGGUAAAUCUGUUGUGUAUAGUUUUUAUACAAGGAUCCUUUUUGUUCAAUUUAUUAUUUUGUUUUCAGAUUGUGGCCUGCAGCACAUUCAUAAACCUUUUUGAAUGGGUUCCAGUAAAAUCUUGCUGAUACCCAGCUAUUAAAGGCUGCAUCGUCAGCACAGUGCCAAGAUGAGCUUUUGGCAGUAAAAUACACUGACAAAACAGGCAUAUAGUAAUGUCGAGAUGGCAGAUUGUGGCUGCCUUAUCUUAAAAUAGGUAAAGGUAAGGCCUGCCAACAUGGGUUUUAUUCAGCUUUUUAAAGAUUGCAACUUGCAAUUCCUUUGAAAAACCUGAAAUAAUAAGUACCACUGGCACAAUUUCAGGUCCAGGGACUGCUAUUGGAAGAUGGAACCGUAAUAUAGCUGCCAUAGCCGGUUCAACUGAAACUUUGAUGCACAACAUGCAAACUUUGAAACCAGAUUACACUCCAUUAUAAUUUGAUGAAAUUAGACGUAACAUAAAUUCUGUGUGUUAGGUCCACUUGAAAACAAAUAGAAAAAUAAUACAAGAUACACAACAUUCUUUUUAAUACUUACUAAAAUGUUCAAGUGCAUUCUCUCACUUUAGAAAAUUCUUUACUUGUGGGUCACUUGUUUUAAAAGCCAUCGAAGAAUUGCGUACGUGGGGUUUAUAAGGUCUUUGUAUAAACAGAAGCAACAUUUGGCUAUUUCCAAUUAGCAUAGUGGCUAUUAAUAUAGUAAUACAAUGUUAAAUACAGCUAUUAUUAAUAUAUUCUCUCUUAGCAUGCUUAUGGGUAAUGUGGAGACCAGCAUGAAUUUCAUUGUUUUUAAUUUCAUCAUUAGGACAUUUUGUCCUAUAGUGACACGUUAUUAUUUUUAACUUGGACCUCCCAUUGUUCUUUUUAAUGUUUGCUAAUCCCUCCCUGCCACUUAGAUGGUUGAUGAAUGGAUUUGCCAGAGACAUAUGGGACUCUGCUGGAAGACAGGCCUCAAGAAACCAGAAAUUGUAAAGUAUUGGCAGGGGAAUUGCUAAUUUUACUCUGAAUUGGUCAAAGUGGAAGAAAGCUGUGUUUUUAUAAGGUUUCCAAUUCAGCUAUUUUUCCCAACAAUAUGUAAUUAGUUUGUGGAUUGUGUGUGGUUCUCCGUUUACAGAAUAGGUCCCCUCAGUGUUUGUAUUGUUGGAUGAUAUAUAGAUGAAGAAAGUCCAUCUCCUCAUGAAAUGGACAGGAGCACUCACUAUUUAUUUAAGGGGAAUUGUAGAGAAUUGACUGGGAAGAUGUACACUUAGGACCAAAAGAGCUGCAAUGAAAAAUAAUCAUCUACAAUUUCCAGUUUCAAUAAUCCAGAAAUAUCUUAAAAGAAAACUCCAGUCACCAUAACAAUUUCAUAGCACUGAAGUUGUUAUGGUGCCAGGAGGUCCCGAAAGCGUACUUACCUUUAGGGAUUAAACCAUUCACGAACGGAUUAAGCCCAAAGUCAACUCUUGAAUCCAGAACCGUUAACCUCUGCCACGCCCUUCUGCUUGCUCUCUGAUUCUUUAAACAUGAAGCCUUGGACAGGGACGUCGCUGACUUGCUGAGAGCAUCAGCUGACACUCAAAGCUAAUUAGUAGCUCACGAUUCAUAGAAAAGGCUUUGUGAAAAAUACGUAUGUUUCUCAAGCAGUUUUGUGAAUAGAGAGCUACUAAUUAGCAGGGGCAGAGCUAAGUAGUGCUGAAUUCAAGUUUUUAGGGUUAAACCAUUUGUGAACAGUUUAUAGCCCAGGACCUCCUGGCACCAUAACAACUUAAUUUCAGUGAAGUUGUUAUGGUGCUCUGUAAAUUCUGCUCAAUUAUGCUUGUGAGCUUUGUGACAUCCUCGCAUAAUAUUUGGUUUUAGAAGCCACGUACACACAUGAGUAAAUCUUAAAUACUAUUAAGGAAAUUUUUAAAAGGUAAUGUUUCACCGACUCUUUGUUUUAUAAACCUUUUAAUAAGCACAAAAUAUCUCCUUUUCUGUAUGAACCUAAUCUUACUUGCAUCACCUUGGUGCUUCUUACAAUUUGAUGUUAUUUAUGUUAGAAAGUAUACUCAUUAAAACUUGAGUUGUUUUCUUCUGUAUUUUGAUAUAAAAUCUGAUGACAACAGAUGUUUCAUGAUGACUUGAGUCACCUGUUUGGCCGUGGCCCAAAUUUUGCAUAGAUACACACAGGAAGAAUAAAAAUUAACCUGGAUGGGCCAAGCUUAAUCAUCAUCUAGGAUACUGUAGCUGGAAAGAGAAUUCUCAGGUUACAGAAUGAAUAAGGCCAAGUAGAAGACUGGUGUGAACAAUAAAUUAAACGAAGUGCAGCCUGUUACCAGGAGAGUGAAUGCUUUGCAACAAAAGCUCUAGCAAGACAUGUAACCUGUGCAAAAGCAGAGUAGAUUAACCUCUACAUAUGGAAAGUGUGACCACAUUUGGGAACUUCUAACAUUUCUUUUUGCCUGGAGAUCUCCAAGGGGACAGAAAUGGGAACCCUGUUCAGAAGUGACCAGGUCAGCAGAUACAAAAAGUCUUAAUUCUAGCACUGUUUUUUUUAUUUUUUUUUAUUUGUUUGCUGUGUUGACUGAACUACAUGACACUAUCAUUACCCAGGGAAUACGUGCAAACCCCUGCUCAACCCAGAAAUCCAUGUUAGUUACCAGCAUGAUAACACUGGGGAGAAUAUUAAAAUAAAGAGAGAACAGAUAAAAACUAAUGCUAAAAUUGUUCUACAGGCAUAUUUUUCUACCUCCAAAAUGGAUGCUCUAAAAGCUUUCACGCAUUCUGAAAUGUACCUAAAAAAGGCAGAAAAUUAAAGUGAUUUUACCACUUCAAGUGGGGAGUAGUAGGUCUUCAAGUUCAGUCUCGUCUCUUCAGGCAUGCAAGAAAAUAAAAAAUUCAGAACCUAUAAAUAAACAAAACACAUUGUUUUUACUUUUUUCACAAGGCAGAAAUAAAUUAUUAGUUAGGUUUAGAGUGAAUGUAUGCAGAGCAGAACCUAUUACUGGGCAAGCACCUAAUGCAAUGAUGGCUAACGUUUAGCACUUUAGGUUGUUGUCAAAUAUCCCACAAUGCUCAGCUGGCAAGUGGUAAAUGGAUUGGAAGCUACAGCAGACAAACAUUGAUAUACAGUAUGUAAAUUGCUUAUUUUUGUGAGUAGACUCCUAAGUAACUUGUGUUAAAUCACAGACCGGAUCAAUUGAUACUGCAUUGAAGUGUGAGUUUCAACAUAGGAAAAGUUUCACCCCUAGAGGCAUAUUAUAAAUAAACCUGACCAUGGAGGUGUGAAAUUAGAUUAUUUAAUUUAGAUAGAUUUUGAAGUGUUAAAUUUCACAGUGAAUGUUUGACGCAUGUUACAACAUAUUUAACCGUGAACUUCAAAUGUGAAACUUUGCAUGUCUGUGAACGCUGCUCAUACAUUAACUCCUACAACUGCGAGUUACACAAGAAAUAAAGAGAGAGACAAAUAUUAGUCCAACUGCCGACAUAAUUUACAAGCAUAUGCAGUAAUUUGUUUUUCUCCCGCAUCUUUUGUUUUUAAUAAUUCUACUACAAUAGUUUAGACAUUAUGGGGUGUUUUCACCAAACACUGCAUUGUUGUGAAUUAAAAAGUGGACUGCAAAAUUGAAGCCAAAAUAGCCAAGCUGUGAGAAUUGAGCAGUGAGACUGCAGGGGUAUGAUCUAUACACCAAAACUUCUUCAUUAAGCUGAAGUUGUUUUGGUGACUAUAGUGUCCCUUUUUAGGUCCAUUUUGUUUUAUGUUUAAUCGGUUUUGUGAGUGUAUCUUUGAAUCUCACGCACAUUUAUUUUGGAUAAAUUUGAGCUUUUCUUCUAGAAUCAAAAUAUACUUUCAAAAAAAAAAAAAAAUUCACAUAAACCCAAAUUGGGCACUGUAUGAUUCAAACUUUUACAUUAAACACUUGAGGCAAAAAUCUACAUUGUUAAAAUUUCAUUACUCGGCAGGAAUGGUGCAUUUAAGAUUAAAAGGAAUGUUGUUAUAUUUUAAUAGAGUUGGUGAAACAGUAACUUUUUUUUUUUUUCUGGAAUAGAUAAGUACAAACAAUGUAAUGGUUAUUAAAGAGGAAUAGUCACUACAUUAAAAGAGGGUUUAUUCUACAGAAUUUCCAUCACAUUGUGAGAAAGACGAAUGCAAUUUGAAUACUUUCAGUCUGCUUUGCACAGUUAGUUAUGGUGUAUGCUUAAUUAUAUGCAGUAGUAAAUGUGCUUUUUGUUUUUUAUAUAUUGUCUUCCACAUGUUUUGUGUGUCUUGUGCCUUUUCCUUACAAUAGAAUAGCAAAAGUGAAGGUCACGUCCCUUUUAUGUCGCAAAAUAAAUUAAAUAUUUCCCUUACCAUACAUUAAGCAAGCAAGGCCGUCAGAGCUGUUGCCAUUAUAAAGGGGAAAUAUCACUACUUACAAAUACAUCAUCCGAAGGUCCAAACCAAGAAAAACUCCACAAACUUAAAAAAAAAAAAAAUGUAGCUUUGAGUGAUUCAGAGCAGUGUGUCACAACCUUUUAAAUUUUGUAGAUGUUACGGCUAUAUUUUUGUCAAAUAUGUAAGAUUAACGACGUGCACUGCAUGGGAAUCUUCAUGAAAUGGGAUAGAAGAAGUCAUGGAGAUAGCAACUUUCAGUAUUUUUUUCUCGAUAAAUUAAACUUUACAAAUUGACUACACUUAGCACUCUUUACUAAGCAGAGUACUGCAAAUAUUUGUUCAAAAUUGUGUAAAUGCUUGGCAUACAUAGAGGUAAGAAAAACAAGUAGCAAGAGAGGUGAGAACGGACAACAGCUCAAUUAGCCUGCCCUUCGGUGGGUCCCCGCUCAGAUCUCAAGCUCAUCUAGUGCCAUUACAGAGAACAUAUCUGAAGCAUAUCGGACUGGUCCCACCCGUACAAGCAGUCCAGUUCCGAAAUGCCAGCAAGUUCCCUCUGCACGAAAGAUACGGCAACCCCAGACGAUAGUUUCAACCUUGUAAGGUAUCAUCAGUGAGCCAAUAUCUCUCUAAGCACCGUGAACAAGGGGUCCACGUCUGGAUUGCCCUUUAAACUUAAGGAGAGAAAAGUACAACUCGCCUCUCUUGCUACUUGUCUUCGAUCGUCUGGGGUUGCCGUAUCUCUCGUGCAGAGGGAUCUUGCUGGCAUUUUGAAUCUGGACUGCCUGUAAGGGUGGGACCAGUCUGAUAUGCUUCAGAUAUGUUCUCUCUGUAAUGGCACAAGAUGAGCUAAAACCAGCUUGAGAUCUGAGCGGGGACCCACCGAAGGGCAGGCUAAUUGAACGGUUGCCUGUUCUCACCUCUCUUGCUACUUGUUUUUCACAUACAGAGAUUAGUUUGCUUAUACACAGGGAUUUUAUGUGUCUGUGUUGUGUAUCCGUUCUGAUAUUGAAAUUUUCCAAAAUUCCAUAUUUAGUGAAAAAGCAACUAUUUAUACUUGUACGUGUGUAUGUUUGACAAGGUGGUCCAGGAACAAAGUUUGUCUGGGGGCACUGAUGGCUGACAGUCCGUUUCUGUUUAUAUCUACAUUGAAUACAUCAAUAUACACAUAUCAUGUAUAAUGUAUUAAAUGCAUGUGAUGGGGAUUUAUGUUAACGUGAAACAGUCAUGACAAUGAAUAAACCCCUUCCUAGACAAUAGCUACAGUGGCAGAGGUUGGUAAAGGCUGUGGUAUCCAAGGUUUGGGUGAAAUGGAUUCCGGGAGCCUUGUGGAGUAUUUUAUUAUUCGCUGGAGAGACUGAUGAACAUCUCUGUACUAGGGUGCGAGAAACAACUAAAAAUCUGCUGAUGGCAAAAAUACAAUUACGUUGUAACUCUCCCCAUUUUAGCAGAGGUUGUGCUUGCCAAAACAAAAAAAAUAUAUAUUUGCUGACAAUUUGGCUCACACAUCACACAAAGAAAGAAAUCCAAGUCCUUUAAUGACAAUGCAUUUGUUUAAAAACAAAAUAUAAGGAAUUUCACUAGAAAUGUAAAGAGGGUGACUAUUGUCCAAGUCUCCCAAAAGGGUGCAAAUAAUGUGCUUUGUUUACAUAUAUCGGAAGAUUAGUUUCCUAUCUUGGCAGUGGUCUAUGUUUGAGUGUAACAUGAUUCUCUUUGAUCUCCUUUUCUCGGUCUGUUCCUUUUAUUCAUUCUGUUUCAACUUGUAUUUCAGUCCUACUGCUACAGAUAUCGAUGUGCUGCUCGUAGCCAAAAUACACCUGACAGCUCAUCCUCCAAUCUGGGAUUCCGGUGUGCAGCAAGUGUCUAGUGACCUGGGGGGAUGCCGUGAUGGGGAACAGGAAAGAAUGGUUUGAAUGUUCACACGUCCUCAAAGACUGCUGUAAAAGCUUUAAAGUUGGUACUCUUACAUAAUGGGAGAGCACGCGGUUGCACCAGCAAUCAGAUCUGCAUCCAUCACAACUUCCUUUAUAGAAACACCGUGGAGAAAAGCCAAAAUAUUUUGUGGUUUUUAUUUUUAACCAAUCUCAAAAUGUGUGCUGUAUAGUAAUUGCAUUCAGAGCGGUUAGAUUGAAGAAAUCUUUUGUGGGCGUGUUAUCAUUGUUUCUGCCUUUUAACCCCUUAAGGACACAUGACAUGUGUGACAUGUCAUGAUUCCCUUUUAUUACAGAAGUUUGGUCCUUAAGGGGUUAAUCUAUAUUAAGAAGCAGCUUUCUGCAAGAUGUUUUGAAUGGUGCUGCCAACUGUGGGCCCAACAUGGGCUUCCUCCCCUUCUAUAAAGUUCAUAUAUAGAAAAAGAAUCUCCAGUAUUUGCCACGGAUAAAUUAUUUUUUAAGAUUAUUUUUUGUAAGUCGAUAAUAAUUGGUUUUGUAAUUAAAAUUGAUCUCUAAUUCAUACAAACGUUUCAUUGUGUCUCUCCCCACUCUUCUAUUUUUCUUAAGCAUAAGAUGGAUGACAUAUUGAGAACUGUUUAUCAAGGAAGGUGACUUCUUUGAAAUCCUGGAUUGUGCUGUUUACCCAACGUGUCCAAAGAAAAUCAAAAGCAGGUGCCCUGAAAUAAAGCAAGGGAGGGGAGAUAUACUCUUCACCUGGCAAGUAACGCUCAUUAUGCCAGCGCACUGAUGACAUGCAUUUUUAUUUAUUUUUUGCACAGAACUGAUAUUAGUCACAGGCUGCCUAACACACGUGUGGUGGGG